UUUUCUACAGCAGAAGAAAUAUUUCGAAAGAGCUCGUCGCGAUCUCUGUGUUGGUCGUGCAUGUCAUGAGAGAGGAUUGAACCCACUCUUGGCAGGAUAAGGUUACCACGCAAGCAGAACAAAUGAUCGUAUCAUAUUCCACACUGAAUAUCCGCCUCCAAUUCCCACAUCAAAGGGCAGUCAGUAUUUCGUGAUAAACAAAUAUUUUUCCACCGGGGCAAAUACUAGCAGAACUUUUGAGUGACUUGGAACAAUCUAGCUUGACGCAGAAUGGCUCACACGACGUAGUUCAGCCGACCACAAGUUAUCGUUUGGCUAAGCUCCAGUCCGUAUUAUUUUGGUUCGCCAGCGUAGUUUACCCUAAGCUACAAAUACUACUGGAAGAAGUUAGACUGCAGCCUGCUGUAAUUACAAUACAAAUGAGGCCAUCUCCUCGCAUCACCGGGCAAUGUUAUCGGUGUUUUCAAAGGGGACCUCGCGCGUUUUUUCGACAAAAGGCGGCCAUCUUUGUGUCUAAUCCGGGAGUUUGCAAUUUGGAAGAACGCUGCUCAAAACUGCUAUAAGAACGUCGUCUCAAUUCAAUAUGGCGGUUGCAUUGGAAGCAUUGAAAAUUUGUGAAACUUUAGAAGGAAUUUUAAAGCCAUCGUUUGGACCGAAUGGACUUGACGUCCUGCUCAAUUCAUCUUCAGGAAAUAUACUCAUAACCAACAAUGGUGCAGUGAUUUUGAAAUCGCUGAAUUUGGACAAUCUUAUCGGUCGAACCAUCGUUGACAAAAUUAUUUCAUACUGUUGCAUAUCUGGAGAUGGGGGAACCUCAUUUCUUCUGCUUUUAACGACAGUGUUAAGAGAGGUUGUUGGUCUAACGGGAAUCAGAGCAAAAGAUAAUGGAAUGGACUUCUCCUCUCACCAAAGGCAGUCCCUUGUUGCUAUAUCUCGAGCUUUUCAUGAGUUUGAAUCAUCUUUACUGGAAGUCGUUCUUGUCCCAGUUCUCGACAAAAUCGCAGUAAAGACGGACAUUGAGUUAAAGUAUUUCUCAUUAAUAAAACAAAGAAUCGUAAGACUCUUUGUCACAUCAUUGAAUGGAAAAUUCCCGAUCAGUACAGUUUCUCAUUUUGCUGAACUUCUUUGCGAGUUGAUGACAAAAACUUGGAAUUCAUCAGAAAUGUCGUUAAAAGAUUCACUGCUACAUCUGAUCGAUGAAUUUCCUCAUAUCUGCAUAGAAGUUCCAGGGCUACCCGUUUUGUCAUCUCAAAUCAAAGCUGGAAUAUUAAUUCCUCGUGGAUUUGCUACAGAACAAGAAGGAGUACCAACAAAUUUGGAUGACUUUAUGUUUGUGGUCAUGAAUUGUAGUCUUGACACUUCAGAGCCAGAAACAUCUUCAUCAAUUAGAAUCAGAAAGAAUGUUUCUUUUGAUGCCAGCAUCCAAUGGAAAAGGAAGCAGGUUCAAAAAGCAAUCGUCAUGUUUGCAGAUCAAAAUGUUAGAUUGAUUCUGUCGUCACAGAGUGUGUCUGAUCUUGUCUUGCAUUUCUGCAGGCAGUAUGACAUAGCUGUUGUCAGCAUGAUGCCCCAGGAAUAUGCAGACUACAUCUGCAAGUGUGCAGGUGUGCUAGCCAUUGACAGUUUGGAUGGUGAUAAUCUAUCAGAACUCUUUUUGGUUAAAGGUAUUUCUUGUGGUCUCCACACUGUAGGUCAUCACAAGUUUGUCCACCUUCAGUUUGACUCUCUAAAUUGCAAAUUUAUUCCACACAGUAUACUGCUUUGCUCACCAGCACAAGGACUGUGUAAACAAUACUAUCUUGCUCUUCAUCAUGCAUUGAAAUGUGUCAAGAUGUCCUUAAGUGAAGAUGAAAAAAGGUUGCUUUUUCUACCUGGUGCUGGAGCAUGUGAACUGGCCAUGAGUUUCAGUUUGAAGGCUUUUUCUAAAAGUGUAACAGAUUCACAUUUGUUGCUAGUUUUGGAAAUUCUGGGUAAAGCCUUGCAAACUAUCCCAAAAAUGCUCCAUCAAAAUUCUUUUUCUCUGUCACACCAAAAGGACAAUUUUAUGUUCUGCUUGAAUGAGAUUGAAAGAUCUUGGAAGCAAGAUCGAAAGUUGCUUGGGAUAGAUGCAAAGACAGGCAAACCAGUGGAUCCUUUCAAUCUUGAAAUUUACGAGCCUUUUCAGGGGAAAUUCUUGCUCUUACAAAGCUUACUGCAGUACUUAUCGCAGUUGUUGAGGACGGAGAAAUUGAUUGGUGUGCAAAAAAAGAAAUAGAGUGAACAAGAAUUAACACCUAAUUGGAGCACUAAAAUAAAGCUCCCUGCGAAGUGUGAAGUUGUUUUCUUGAUCUUGUCUUUUGUGUUAGUUUCUACAGAUACUGGCAGUUAAGUUAAAAUGUAGUUUGCUAUUGACCAAACGUUUUGUAUAAAAUAAGGAAUAUCCAUUGUAGGCUACAGGCAGUCCGAGUAAGAGAAUUGAGAGUCUUAGUAGACCUGAACUUAGUAACUUACUUCUUACAAGGAAAUGUUGUUUAUCAUUGCUUCAUUCAAGUCUUCUCC